CGUAGUUCGUUCAUGGCGAGAGUGAGAGUGAGCCCCGGACGCACGAUAACUCCGGUUUCCGGGCACGGUGCAGUGAUGGAUUUAGUGGAUGGUGCGCUAAAUCCACAGCACCACAGCAGUAGAGUUGAGUGCAGGUGCCCCAACGUCCCAAAGCUUAGGUUCUUUCGCCGACGUUGAACCUCAUCUUUUUGACCACAACCUCUCUUCUGUUGAACCAAUCUCCCCUCCACCAAGAGAUCAACGUCGAUCAUGGCCUCCUCCGCAAACACCAUCUUCCGCGCCUCGCGUCCCCUCUUCCGUCAGGCUACCCUCGCCGCGCCCGCUCGACAGGCUUUCCGUCAGCAAACAUUCCGACAGAACUUCUACCAGGGCAGCGGCCGUCGAUGGCAGAGCACUGACGGCGCUCAGCAGCAGCAGCAGAGCUGGUUCAAGCGCAUGAUGGAGAGCGAGGUUGGCUUCAAGACUGUGCAUUUCUGGGCUCCUGUCAUGAAGUGGGCUCUUGUCCUUGCCGGUAUCUCCGACUUCGCUCGUCCCGCCGAGAAGCUCUCUUUCACUCAGAACCUCGCUCUGACCUGCACCGGUAUCAUUUGGACUCGAUGGUGCCUCAUCAUCAAACCCAAGAACUACCUUCUCGCCGCUGUCAACUUCUUCCUCGGAAUGGUCGGCCUCGUCCAGAUCACCCGAAUCCUCAGCUACGAGUCCGCAAAGAAGAAGAGCCUGGAGGGUGUCGUUGAGGACAUCAAGGCCGACGCCAAGGAGACCGUCCAGGAGGCCAAGCCUUAAAUGCAAUCAGGCAUGGGCGAGUUAGACAAUUGUCGAAAGGGAUGGCCUUUACUCCGACAUAUCUCACGAUUUGUAGUGCCACAGUCGAUUACUCCUUACAUAGGGGCUGCUUUCGAAAGGCGUGGUUCGCAAAUGGACGCAUUUAUUGCUUGAAAAAGGAGGGUAUUGCAAAGCCAUUUCAGAGUCAGGGGAGCUCAGGAAUAGCUUGUCGCUUUUUUACAUGCUAAAUUACCACACAUGUAGUCAGCAUGUAAAAUUGAGGAAGGGUUGGGUUCAACAAACAAACACGUACAAGACAUGGCUUGCAUAUCUUAAUUUGAGUGAAAUAUCAAACCACACAGUGGUUAUCUACCUAGGUAGGUAGGUAUAUCAUACCAGCUAUGCAACAGCCAGUGACCUUCAUUGUCAUUAUAAUCCAAAUCCACUAUAGGUAGAUAUCUCUCUAGAUUGUUCUUCAGGUAUCAUUCAUGAUGGCAUUUACACCACCAGCAACUUCUUAUACACCACCUAUGAACGCCCUGCCACAAAUAUUUCCCCUCGCCAUAGAUAGCCUCGGCCAUCCAUCCAAUCAUUAGCUGGCCGCUGGGCCAUGGAGC